AUGAAUCGUUGUACUAUUGUCUUUUCGUUAACGUUUGUUUUAUUGAAUUCGACGUCAGCCUGGCCAUUUCGACGUCGUAACGACCUGGGUAAUUCGGUGGACACUCUCGAUGGAGUAAUCGGUCAUUUACAACAUUUUGGGGCUAUGUUGUAUCGUAAUCCGGACAACGAAACUGGAGCAAUGGUAGCGAACUGGCACGAGGGCUGGGACCGCAAUCCGGAAGAGUUGGGCAACUACGCUGAGGGUGAUAUCCUGUUUCCGCCUCAGCUUGGAAAGAACGGCUUGAAAGCGGAAGCUGCUCGGUGGCCUGGUGGCGUGGUACCCUAUAUGAUUAGUCCUUAUUUUAAUACAGAACAAAGAAAACUAAUUUACGAAGCUAUGAACGAUUAUCACACUUACACGUGCAUUAAGUUUAAACCUUAUUCCGGCGAGGAAAGUGAUUAUAUCAGGAUCACGGCUGGUAAUAGCGGUUGUUGGAGUAGCGUUGGAAGAAUCGGUGGACGACAAGAUGUGAAUCUUCAAGUCCCAGGAUGUAUGGUGAAGAAAGGCACGGUGAUACACGAACUGAUGCACGCAAUUGGAUUUCUGCAUGAGCAGAGCAGAUAUGAACGGGACGAAUACGUUACAAUACAGUGGCAUAAUAUUUUGAACAGCCAUGCUGGAAAUUUUGAGAAAGCCUCGAAGGAAACCACUGACGCGUUCGGGGUCGGCUAUGAUUAUGGCAGCGUAAUGCAUUACUCCGCGAACGCGUUUUCCAGGAACGGACAACCCACCAUAGUGCCAAAAGAACCUGGCGGCCUUCUAAGUUUUAUUGGCGAAAUAUUCCAGGGUGCAACGAAGGUUCAACUGGGUCAGAGAGUGGGAUUCAGCAAGAGGGACAUACAGAAGAUCCGAAAAAUGUACAAAUGCAACAAACGCAGGCGAAGCAGCUAUUGA